AUGAACCAUUUCCUAUUCGUGGACACUGCCCAGAAGCAAGUUCAGCUCCUGCAGUCCUUCCUAGAUCUCAUCGGGCCUGUGAAUGCAGAUCUUUUGUCACACGUUGACAUCAACCUGCCAGCCGCAGUGAGCAUGGGACAUCAGCCUGGAGCGGUCAAGCUGGAGGAAGACGAGCUGCGGACCAUAAGAAUUCUUGGAAAAAACUGCGGCCGGCUCACAACACUAGGCCUACGCAUUCAGAGAAACAACUCAAGGUUCAUUACUGGGACGGAUGGCGACAGUGCACAGUCUACUCGAGAGGCGCUGCGGCAGAUCCAUGCACAGCUCCAGGCGAUUCCCUCGCUGGUGACUAUCAAUGCUAGAGUCACCAUCAAAGACCUGUCUUCUGCUGCCAUGGAUGCAAUGCAAAGCCUCGGUUGGAAUGUCUUGUUCGAUUAA